UCCUAUCCUAUAGGUGUUCCGGCUAAACAGAGGAAACUCUCUUACCCAGAUUUAUCUUUCUCCAAUGCCGCUGAUGCUUUUAGCUCAUUUCGUCCAUCUCCGAAUGCUUCGGCUUUUUCGGCACGAAAUGAAGCCCCACCUGCUUGUCGUUCAUCUUUAGUGGUUGAUGUCAACAAUGCAGCAAGUUCGUCAACCACCUCAUCCUCCAACAAUAGCGGCAGCAGUCGAAUUCGGUCUCCACCAUCCAGCGGUGGCGGUGGUGGGGCAAUUCGAUGGAAGAGCGAAUUUCCCUCUCCACCUCAGAGGUACCACCCAACGCAUCACUCGGAGACCGGUCGACGAUUCUCGGUGUUUGGAGCACCUCCCAGCCUCUCCAAUGCCCUGGCUGCUCAACAGGCUGCUGCUACCGCUGCUCUGCGACGCCAUUCCUCAGUGGUUCCGGCCAUUCCCACCCCUCCUAGUACUUCUCCACCGAAUGCGAACGUCUUCAAUACCUCCUCGACUCUUCUUGAAUUACGCCAGCAUCAACAACAGCACAUUCAGAAUCUGAACUUUAAUGAUGCUAAGUCUUUUACUCGUCAAUCGCUCAUUUCCUCCAAAUUGGAACCUGAUGAGAAUGCUUUGGCAGCAGCUAAUUCCUACAAUGCGGCCGUCGCCGUCGCUCUGAGUAGCUCCGGGGUGCCACCUCUUUCUACUCCCGAUGACCAAAUGCUACCCAGUACUAGUGAUUGGACAUCUCCAAUCAAAACCGAGCGAACCUCAGUUCGAUCCGCGAUCUCUCCUACGAUUCCCGAAAUCCCCCCCACGAGCACACGGGAACGACAACGGCGAAUAAGCCAUGUCCCAGUUCUUGGAUCUAUUUUGUCCUCCUCAGGAAACAGUUCAAUUCCCCAGACUCUCGCUGACACGCCUUACUCCCAAUUCCAAAGCUAUACCACCACCACCACCACCGCAGCUAAUCGCAAUCGAAAGCACUCCCUUGACUCCCUUUUCCCCUUGUCCAGCAAUACUGGCAGUAACUUCGGUGGAGCUGUACUCCUAACUGGAAAUCCAGGUGAUAAAUUUACUUUUGAGUUGAGCAGCGGAAAUGGUGGCUUUCCACUUCUACUUGUCUCUGCUCCAACCUCUGAAUCGGCCUCCGAACUCGCAGCCGCUACUGCCAUGGCAUCAGGAGCUCCCGCAUCUUCCCUCAUCCCAGUUCCAGUUCAAAUUGUCCCCAAUUCCUCAGAUGACCCUGGAGUCUCUCUGGUCUCGAAAACUACCAACGAGGCGGAUGAAAGACUAGUCUUUCCCUUAGUUCCUUCUUUUGAUGGACAACUCGGAGGAUGUGCUUUGGGAUUCCCCGUGCUUGUACCCAGUCGACCUCGGUGUCAUUCUCCAGCCAUCUCAAGUUGA